AUGGCUACGAGUUUAAUGCUAGUGGACGAAUGUGUAGAUAAAAAUGCUGUCCAAGGAGUUUUGUCCACAACUCCCCAGUCAACCGGCAUUGUUCUCGCAUUUCUUGCUGCAACGUUUGUUUUAGUCUUCUGUUCUUCAUUAGCUGCCAAACUCCAACAACAGUAG